AUGGCAUCAGCUCGCCUCCUCCCCCCACGCACUCCCCUCAUCACCCUUCUUUCCGGAAAAUCCUUCUCCAACCCUCCCUACACGCCUGGAUGCCUCAAUAUCCCUACCUACUUCCCUUUUGACCCUUUCCCACCAGGCACAAUACAAAUAGCAUCAGCGCGCCUCCUCCCCCCGUGCACCCCGGUGGUAACCCUACUAUCCGGAAACUCCUUCCUCCUCCACCCCUCUCUGCACGCCUGGAUGCCUCUCUCUCGCCCCCACCCCUCCUCCCGCCUCUCCUCCAAUUGGAAGCCGCCACCUGCCGCGUUUCGAGCUGGGGGGUUUCGGGGUGCUGGCAGGGACGGUGCUGCUGAUGGUGCUUUGUCUUUCCUUUCAAGGCAAGCACCUGGGGAGGAGGCGCAUGCCACAAGAGCCCACCUGGAAAACGCCCUGGCGGCCUGCCGUCUGUUGAAUUCAUCUGACGAGUUCAGGAGGCUCCUGGCGGAAUACGUGCGUCUGCUCACCAAGGAGGGCGACGAGGGUCGACUAAGAGAGGUGUGCCAGGAUUUGCUAGGGCCAGUAGACACUGGGGAACACCCGGUUACCACAACAGCAGACAUGGUUACUGGUAAUUGUGCGAGCUCAGUUGUUCAGCACACUACUCAAGUUGAUGAGGAAUUGAGAAGAAAGCGUGGCCUUCUACGAACUGUGGUGUUUCCAGCCUUACUCUCGACAAAAAGAAUGCAACGGGUGCUGCCAGCUUCGCGCCUGGUUCUUGCGACUGUAAUCUUAUCGUUCGUCAUUUCUGCGGCAUGGGCGGCGCCUCUAGCGGCGGCCAAAAAGCCGAAGCAGACGGUUCCGCUGCCGCCGUUCUACGAGGAGGCACUCCAGAAGCUCAACGCGUCGGGUUUCACGAGCUUCGUUUCGCUCUUCACCAUGUAUGGGAAGACAAAGCAGAUGAGCGACUUUGUUAAGAAGAACUCGGUCACCGUUCUCGUACCUACUAACGACGCAAUCACGAAAGCGAAUCUGACGGGUUACCCUAUGACGAAAUUGCUCACGAUCGUCGCCUUCCAAGUCAUCAAGGGCGUGAAGACGCGCACGGAGUUACAAAUGUUACCACCUGGCACCCCAGUGGUUACCAUUUCGAUAGACGCGCAGAAGAAGCCCCUCUUUUUGACGAAGGUUUCACCUGCGUCGCCGAAGAAGCGGGUUUCCCUACGCGGGAAGGCUGGCCCUAAUAAGAGCGUGGUGACUAUAAUGGGUCCGGAUUUCUACUUCAAAGCGGGUAAACUUUCUGUUCACACUACGAACAACGUGGUGCUUCCGGAGGGUUAUUAG